UCUUGUGUUUUUUUCUCUGAUAUUCACUGAGAAAUCAAGAGAAUUCUGCAAUGGAGAUGACAACUGCAAAAUUUGAAAUAAGCCCCAAAAGGCACUCGUUGUCCCCAAAAGAAGGCGACGCUGUGGAGACUAAGCAUGUUAAGAGGAGGCGAAAAAACCCUUUUGCAGCUGCAUCAAGCAGCAAUACUCAACAAGUUGAAUCACAGCAGCAGCAGCAGUCGCCGGCUGACCAGACUACUGCUAGUACCACAACUGUUAAGAGAAGUUCUAGAUUCCGGGGAGUCAGCAGACAUCGCUGGACUGGGCGAUAUGAAGCUCAUUUAUGGGAUAAAGGGUCAUGGAAUCCAACGCAAAGGAAGAAGGGGAAACAAGUUUAUCUUGGAGCUUAUGAUGAAGAGGAAUCUGCUGCAAGAGCAUAUGAUUUGGCUGCUCUCAAGUAUUGGGGACCUUCUACUUUUACCAAUUUUCCGGUAUCUGAGUAUGAGAAGGAAAUUGAGAUGAUGAUAACUAUGACAAAAGAAGAAUACUUGGCCACUUUAAGAAGGAGAAGCAGUGGUUUCUCAAGAGGAGUAUCCAGAUUUAGAGGAGUUGCAAGGCACCAUCACAAUGGAAGAUGGGAAGCAAGGAUAGGAAGAGUUUUCGGAAACAAAUAUCUGUACCUUGGAACUUACAAUACUCAGGAGGAGGCGGCUCAGGCGUACGAUGUUGCUGCAAUUGAAUACAGAGGGAUCAAUGCAGUAACCAACUUUGAAUUGAGCACAUACAUCAAAUGGUUGAGACCAGGAUCAAGUCCUCUUUCUCAACAAGAACAAAAACCAAACUCAGAGACUCUGCAAAUGGCAACCUCCUCGCCACCCGCUAAUCAAACUCCGAGGAAGGAACUAACCGAGCUGCCAUUUUUCCACUCUAAUCCUACUAGACUAGACGUCUUAGAUGCAGCUCCUACAAGACAAGACAUGUUCCGGGGAAGUAGUGCUGUUAGCCCCUGUGCGAGAUCGUCUUCUCCAACUGCACUUAGCCUGCUCCUAAGAUCUUCAAUAUUUAAGGAGUUGGUUGAGAAGAACUCAAAUGCCACACAAGAAGAAACUGAAGAGAAUUACACAAAACCACCACCACAGAUAGGCAACGGUAGCCAUGAUAACGGGGUUAGGGAGGUGUUUUAUGAUCAAAUUGGGCUCACUCCUUUCCAAAGUAGUAGCAGGGAUUUGUUUCCUGGUUUAGAGUCAAAGGAAGAGUGUAGAUCGCCAUUUCACGGCAGAACAGUGCAGUCCAUGUGGAAUUUGUUUUGAGCACUGCUGCUGCUGCUUCUAUCCGCCGACUAAGAUUGCCACUGCUGUUAUUAAAACUAGAAAUCCUAAUCAGGACUUCUCUUUCCUUCCUUUUUCUUUUUCUUCUCUGUAUUGAGAUGGUAAUAAUGUUGUCAGCUAACCCCUGGUUUUUCUGCCA